AUAUAUAUAUAUAUAGUGUAUGUAUGUAUAUAUGUGUGAGGGUGUUAAAGUCAUUUCCUUUAAGUUAUAAAUUUUAAUAUAUAUAUAUAAUAUAUAAUUCAAGAGUAAAACAGUAAAAUCACACAUUUCCGUUGGUAAACUGUACGGUGGUUACUGACAUGGGGUAUGGGUGGAAUUAUUAAAUGUAAAAAGGUAUGUGUGGAAUAUAGGCAAAAGUCAGGAUGUAGGUGGAAUUACCCCUAUAUAUAUAUAUAUAUAUUCCAUCCUCAGCAAAUAUUGAGUAGACUAGAUUGUGAAUUCUAUUGAAGGAAGAAAAAUAAUAAUAAAAUAAAUGGUACAGUACAAUUAAGCGUGAAGCCUCAAUUUUUUGGAGAGCACCACGGCAACACCCAACAACAAAGGGGAAAGUAUAGUUAUCGGGUAAGAUUCCAGUCUGAUGCAUGUUUCUGUAAAGAAUUAUAGCUUCUUGGCAAGGACCCAAAUCGGCAUAACCACGAAUCAAGAUGUUCCAAAGGAACACAUCUCUGUGGAGCAUUACGUCGAACAAUUUCCGGGCAUAGUCCAAGGCGGUGGCUAGACAGCAAGAAGAGGUUAGUGCAUGCAUGGGGCACCCAUUAGUGACUAUCAUGAGAGCAUGGAUUCGUUUAAGGUCUGGGAUAGAGGAGCAUGAGUUUAAAAGAGAGUUGAAAGGGAGGGAGGAAUGGUAGUUAUUGUUAUUAGUACGGACACUGUUAAAUGGAGCAUACAAAUUGUGUUCUGAGUUUUUUUCACUACCCAGCAGGAAUUGGACACUUCAAUAUCAUCAUGUAGGAAAAACCGUAUAUAUAAUAUCCUUUGAAUAGCAGAAGAAGAGCAUCUCUUUUCACAGUGAUUUAUAAAAAUGAAAAUACUUGGCCUUCUCACAGAAACAGAUGCAGCUUGCAGUUGAAGCUCACUCAAACCCGAUUCGCUCAAUGGCUUGUAAACAGAUGAUGAUAUAUGUGUAUAUAUCUUUGUGUAGAAUAGUACGUGUUUCAUAUUAAGUACCAAUUUCUAUCAGCAUAUAUCUAUAUAUUUACCAGUAGUAGUGAUUGAUCAUCACUUGUGAACAAGAAUGGCAUCAUCUUCCAUCUCAAAACAACCGUCUGACACUAAACAAAAGCAGAGGAGCAGGAUCUAAGAAGGUAUUUGCCAGUGUACAAAGCUGCAAUGAAAGGCGACUGGAACAGCGCGAAAAGAUUGUUGGACCAAGAUGAAGAUGCAUUGACAGCUUAUAUCAAUGUCAACAAAGAAACGCUACUCCACAGAGCAGUUGGGACAGGUAAAGCAGCAAUUCAUUUUGUGGAGAAGUUGGUAGGACUAAUGCCAAGGGAGGCACUUGCUCUACAUAAUGCCCAAUGCGAGACUGCCCUCAGCGUUGCAGCCAGGAUUGGCAACACAGAGGCUGCAAUUAUAAUGGUGAACAAAAGCGAAGAUUUGCUUCAAAAGAUGGACUCCAAUGGCUUGUUUCCAGUGCACUCAGCUGCUUUGAAUGCCCACAAGGAAACGCUUUUAUAUUUACUGAACGCGACCAAAGACCAUCACCAUCCCAGUCCAUAUGCAGACCAAUCUGGUGUUCAGCUUCUGGUUUUGGUGAUAGUUUCUGGAUUCUUCGACGUGGCUUUGGAUUUGAUUCAUCGCCACCCUAGUUUUGCCUCUACAACAAAGAAACUUGCAAGUGGUGACCAUCCUCUGAAAGCAAUAGCCAGAAAGGCAUCUGCAUUCAGGAGUGGAUGUCGCCUCAACUUUUGGCAGGGUUUCAUCUAUUCUCGUUAGUUCAUUUCUCCACCCCAAUUCUUUCUUUCUUUUUUUUUUUUAACUAUAUAUUCACAAUCUUACUUUUGCAGACAAGAGGAGUACUACCUACUGCAUGUGAAUCAAAUUGCACGUACUAGUUGGUUUAUGAACAGAAUGGACUAGAUGUAUGGAGAGCUUAAUGAUCGAUCAAGGGAUUAUUUAUACCAGAAAACCUUACAAAAUUGAUUAAAAGUGAAAAUGAUUAGUGUAUACUCAGGAUAUAUAUAUAUAUAUAUAUAUAUAUAUAUUGUCUUGAAGGUGUUCCUGUGAAGUUGGAGAACUACCCUAACAACAAUCCAAAUGCUGUGACAUUGAGAAUCCAGCAGACAACUGUCAAGUGUUUCUGCAGAUGACUGGCAGAGAAAACUACUUCUGCAUCCCUGAAACAUUACGCCACAAAUCGCCUGUCCUACUUGCCAACGUCAUGGAAUUAGUACCGCAUAUCAAGCAUAUCCAAGAGAAAAUGUUGAGGCAUCAUCAAGCUCUUCAACUUGUCAAAUGUUUGUGCACAGGAAUUCAUUCAUGUCCUUACAACAGAAUCUGGGACUUUGUCCUAGAUACAGUCCUCGAGGCAGCAAGGCUGGGUAUUCAUGAGGUUUUAGAAGAAGAAGUGGACGCAUUUCCCAAUUCAGUUUGGGCCCAUUAUGGAGAUCGACGUUACAUAUUUCAAGUUGCAGUUAUAAACCGUAAUGAAAAAUCAACGUCAUCUAUCAGAUGAGUGAGCUUAAGCAGUACACAACGCACUCUAGAGACAUAUAUGGUAACACUAUAUUGCACUUGGCUGGAAAGUUGGCACCUCCACAUAAACUCAAUCUUGUUUCGGGUGCAGCUCUGCAGAUGCAGUGUGAGUUACAAUGGUUUAAGGAAGUGGAGAAGUUUGUAAUCCCUGCUGACAAGGAAAUAGAAAACAACUGCAAGAAAACUUCAGCAAUGUUAUUCAGUGAGGAACACAAGGAUUUGGUAAGUGAAGGAGAGAAAUGGAUGAAAGACACAGCAAAUUCAUGCACAAUUGCAGCAGCACUCAUUGCCACUAUAGUAUUUGCAGCGGCUAUUACUGUAAGUGAACAAGAUUUUCUCUACAUUCUACCCAAAAGUUUGACAAUCGGCCUUGUUAGCUUGUUCCUCUCAAUAACAUCCAUGAUGAUAACCUUCAGUGCCACGUUCUAUCUUGUGUUUGGCCACAAAAAGGCAUGGAUUCUCAUUCCUGUAGCUGCAUUAGCCUGUUUACCAGUCACCUUGUUUGUUUCCUUACAAUUCCCCCUACUAGUGGAUGUGAUCUCUUCAACGUUUGGUCCUGGCAUUUUCGGCAAGCAAAGUGGCAACAAUUUGGAUGGCCUCCCAAAUUUUUCCAAAGAAAUUGCCUUCAUCAUCUUUGCAGUAUCAGAUGCAAUAUCUCUGUUUGCAUCCAUAGCUUCUUUGUUAAUGUUCUUAUCCAUCCUUACAUCAAGCUAUGCAGAACAAGAUUUUCUCUACACUCUACCCAACAGGUUGACAAUUGGUCUUGUAACCUUGUUCCUAUCAAUAACAACCAUGAUUAUUACCUUCAGUGCCACGCUCUAUCUCGUGUUUGGCCACAAAAAAACGUGGAUUCUUAUUCCAGUGGCUGGAUUAGCCUGUUUACCAGUCACCUUGUUUAUUUCCUUACAAUUCCCCCUACUGGUGGAUGUGAUCUCUUCAACAUAUGGUCCUGGCAUUUUUGGUAAGAAAAGUGAGCGUCCAUUCUACUAAGAACAUCAAUGAAUUAAGGUGAACGAGUGAGUUUGGGUUAAUUGCAGCUUCAGGUACUCUGCAUUUGAACCCACAAAGUGAUCACUGGAAGAGUCUUUGUUAAUAGUACGUAGUACUUUAAAGACUUAAUUUGCACAUCGUGCAUAUCCAGAAAGAAAUGUGUAGAUAUGGUGUUCCCGCAUUCAGGCUAGAAUUGCUGCUUUCUAUUUGGCCCUGCUUGGAUUGGUUUCUGCUAGCUGUAGAAGUUGC